GUAUAUUACAAGUACAAAAUCCGCCAUGACGGCUAAUUUAUUGCAGUUGACGUAAAGCGCUAUGACAUUUUGUGAUAUAACAGGCAAAUGGCAGAUACGUUCUUUGGAUUCAAUACUUCAUUAACAGGAUCUCUUGAGGAUGAACUUCAUGAUGAGCCAGGCCAAGGCUUGGAUGAGGAAGAAGAAGAAGUGUAUGAUGCACUGAAUGAUGAAACAUUUGGCACUGAUGCUUUUGAAGGUGACUGGGAAGAGGACCAUGAGAAACUUGCAGAGAUAACUGAACAGUCGCGCAUUUGUCGCAGCAGUUAUAACAAUGACAGCCAUACUGAGUCAGAUGAUCAUGCAGACCUGGAUCUGGAAGCCAGCAUUUCACAGCUUAUGUUGGAAGACUGUGAUGAUCCAAUCUUGGAGAAUGGGGAGGCUACUAAACCCCAACCCCUUACUUCACAACAUUUCCCUUCUGGAGGCACUGGUGUUGAUCUGAUUGGAUCUCCCAGUUACAGCAGUUCAGCUCCAUCCGGCUACUCAGUGUGGGGAGUUGGCAAACACGAUGUCCAACACCAGACAUCCAGAACACAACCAGUAUUAUCUGGUGUGAAGAAUGUUUGCACAGUUGAGGAGUUGGAGAGAGAUCUAAUCUCACAGCGAAAUAUAGUUCCCAUAGCACCUCCACCUGGUCUCAGUAAACCUUCAUCAGUUGUUCGACUGGAGGACAUUGAACGGGAUCUUACAACUUCCAAACCAGGUGUGGGUACAACUUCAAGUUUUCCGGUUGUCACACUUGGUUUAGGCCAAGGACAGCAUCAACCCAGCCGUUUCACACCUCAG